AUGCAAGUCGACCUGCUCUGUGCGUUUCAAUUUCCUCCCCAUGGCCCAGGCGAGUUUGUGUCGUCUCGACUCGCCCGGCGCACCCGGGAGGUGCGAGCUGGCGCUUGUGACGCCCGUCGUGGCGCGAAGCGACCGCGACUUGCGCGCGUCCGAGGGGUCGCAGAUGUCCCUGAUGAGGUCGAAGACUUCGUCCACCGCCCUGCGGGUCUUCUAAUCGUCGAGGGCUGCAUUAUGCUCGUCAGAUGGCUUCCCGUCGUCAAAGCCCACCGCGCGGCCCCAGUUCUCGAGGCGGACCUUGGCAGCGCUGAAUUGGACGUCCAGGUUCCCAGGCUUUCUAUCCAUAAGCGUAUGGAUUAA